CGUUUACCAUUCACAGCUCCUCUCUCUCUCUCUCUCUCUCUCUCUCUCUCUCUCAGAUUCCUCUGCUUCGUUAACACCCCCAACAAGUCCCUAACCGAGAGAGAUCUCCGAACGAAAUCCUAGAUCUGAGCUCCCCAAUCCGCAUGUCGAGGGUUUUUGCCUCGUUGGAGGAGGAGUAGAAGAGCGAUCGAUCGAUUGAUCGGGGUAUCGGAAGGAGGAGGAGGAGGAGGAGGGGAAGCGAAGAUGCUGGAGUGGGCGACGGUGCAGCAUCUCGACCUGCGGCACGUCGGCCGCGGCCUCAAGCCGCUGCAACCGCACACCGCCGCGUUCCAUUCCCACCAGGCCAUCGUCGCCGUCGCUGUCGGGACCUAUAUCAUCGAGUUUGAUGCGCUAACUGGAAGUAAACUUGCUUCAAUUGAUGUUGGGGCCCGUGUUGUUCGUAUGCAAUACAGUCCUACCAGUGGACGUGCCGUGAUUUCUAUUCUUGAGGAUUGUACCAUUCGAUCUUGUGAUUUUGAUACUGAGCAAACCCUAGUACUACACUCACCAGAGAAAAGGUCAGAACGUAUUUCCAUUGAUACAGAAGUUCAUCUAGCACUGACACCUCUCCAGCCUGUUGUCUUUUUUGGUUUUCACAAACGCAUGAGUGUGACAGUUGUAGGCACUGUCGAGGGGGGAAAGCCACCGACGAAAAUAAAGACGGAUCUUAAAAAGCCUAUUGUCAACCUUGCUUGCCACCCUCGUCUCCCUGUCUUGUAUGUAGCUUAUGCUGACGGCUUGAUUCGUGCUUACAACAUUCAGACAUAUGCUGUUCAUUACACCUUACAACUUGACAAUACAAUCAAGCUUGUUGGUGCUGGUGCUUUUGCUUUUCAUCCUACCCUAGAGUGGAUAUUUGUUGGUGAUAGAAGUGGUACUCUUUUAGCAUGGGAUGUAUCAACGGAAAGACCCAACAUGAUUGGAAUUACACAGGCUGGUUCGCAUCCUAUAACAUAUGUUUCAUGGCUCCCCACUUUACGGUUGCUAGUCACUGUUUCAAGGGAUGGAGCACUUCAAGUGUGGAAGACACGUGUGAUAGUCAAUCCAAACCGACAACCUAUGCAAGCAAAUUUUUUUGAGCAUGCAGCUAUUGAAACCAUAGAUAUUACUCAGAUUCUAUCUCUUCAGGAUGGAGAGGCUGUUUAUCCUUUACCAUGAAUCAAAAGUUUGGCUGUUCAUCCGAAGUUAAAUUUAACUGCAGUCUUGUUUGCAGAAUUUGCGGGGGGUGAUAAAGUGAGAAAUAGGGCUGCAUUCACAAGGGAAGGAAGGAAACAAUUAUUUGCCGUUCUCCAGAGUGCAAGAGGAUCUACAGCUGCUGUUUUGAAGGAAAAGCUUUCAGCUCUAGGCUCAUCAGGAAUAUUGGCUGAUCAUCAGCUUCAGACACAGCUGCAGGAGCAUCACUUUAAAGGACAAAGUCAUUUAACCAUUUCAGAUAUUGCAAGGAAGGCAUUUCUUCACAGUCAUUUCAUGGAGGGUCAUGCCAAAAGUGGUCCAAUAUCUCGGUUGCCUCUCAUUACCAUCUCAGAUUCUAGCCAUCUUCUGCGAGAUGUCCCUGUUUGUCUGCCUUUUCAUUUGGAGCUGAAUUUCUUUAAUAAGGAGAACCGUGUCCUUCAUUAUCCUCUUAGAGCAUUUUAUUUGGAUGGCUUCAACCUGAUGGCGUUCAUUGGCAAGAAACUCUUAGAGGUUAUGUUGCUGGAAUAAUGACUAGUAAUAGAGUGAUGAUCGCUUCCGCUGAUCUGGACAUAUUAUCCAGCAGUUCUAUUAAGUAUGAUAGAGGACUCCCAUCUUAUCGCUCUCUGUUGUGGGUUGGACCUGCGCUACUCUUUUCAAGUGCAACUGCAGUCAAUAUGCUUGGGUGGGAUAGCAAAGUUCGAACAAUUGUUUCUACUAGCUUCCCUAGUUCUGCGUUAGUUGGUGCUCUAAAUGAUCGUCUAUUGCUUGUAAGCCCAACAGAGAUAAAUCCUAGACAGAAAAAAGGUGUUGAAAUAAGGAGCUGUCUUGUAGGGCUUCUUGAGCCCAUCCUCAUUGGAUUUUCUACAAUGCAGCAACAGUUUGAGCAGAAAAUUGAUCUUUCUGAGGUCUUAUACCAGAUAACAUCAAGAUUUGACAGUCUGCGCAUUACUCCAAGGUCUCUGGAUAUAUUGGUUAAAGGUCCUCCUGUAUGUGGAGAUCUUGCUGUAUCAUUAUCCCAAGCCGGUCCCCAGUUCACACAGGUGAUGCGCUGUAUUUAUGCAAUCAAAGCUCUUCGGUUUUCCACUGCUUUAUCAGUUCUGAAGGACGAAUUCCUGCGCUCUAGAGAUUAUCCUCUAUGUCCCCCUACUUCCCAAUUGUUCCAUCGUUUCCGGGAGUUGGGAUAUAACUGUAUCAAGUACGGUCAGUUUGAUAGUGCAAAGGAGACCUUCGAGGUCAUUGCAGACUAUGAAAGCAUGCUCGAUCUGUUUAUAUGCCAUCUGAACCCUAGCGCCAUGCGGCGUCUUGCACAGAAACUAGAAGAAAUAGGUACCGACUCAGAACUAAGGCGAUAUUUGGAAAGAAUUCUAAGAAUCCGUUCCACUGGAUGGACACAGGGUAUCUUCGCAAACUUUGCCGCUGAGAGCAUGGUACCUAAAGGUCCAGAGUGGGGCGGCGGGAACUGGGAAAUCAAAACUCCAACAAAUAUGAAGAGUAUACCUCAGUGGGAGUUAGCAGGGGAGGUCAUGCCUUACAUGAAGACAAGUGAAGGCGGAAUCCCUGCCAUUGUAGCGGAUCAUAUUGGUGUUUACUUGGGUUCGAUCAAGGGGAGGGGCAAUGUUGUGGAAGUUAGUGAGAAGAGCUUGGUUCAAGCAUUCACAAGAGAGAGCAACGAGAACAAGUCUGCAGCUUCUACUGAAUUGGCUUUGGUGCAAAACAAGAAAGGUAUCGGUGGCGAUUCUGUAGGGGAUACUCUCGCUAGGCAAUUGGGAGUUGCUGCUGCUUCUAGAGAUGAGCAGGCAAAGGCAGAGGAAGAGUUUAAGAAGUCUUUGUAUGGUGUUGUGGAUGGUGGAAGUAGCGAUGAAGAUGAGACAAUGUCAAAAACAAAGAAAAUACACAUUAGAAUUCGUGAUAAGCCGAUUUCUGGCUCUACUAUAGAUGUCAACAAGCUAAAAGAAGCCACAAAACAGUUCAGUCUGGGCCCUCCUUUGCGGACUAAGUCGUUGCAAGGCCCUUCACAGGAUUUUCCUCCUAUUUCUAUGCAACCUUCAUCUGCUCCUACUGCUACCAUGCCAAGUACUGCCCCUGAUAUGUUUGGAACUGAUCCUUUAACCGCAGAAGGCCCAGCUCAGCCCAAUUCAAUGGUUACAGGCAUGGGAGUAUCAGCUGGGCCGAUCCCAGAGGACUUUUUCAGGAACACUAUCUCAUCGCUUCAGGUUGCGGCUUCGUUGCCCCCUCCAGGGGUUUACUUGUCGAGAAUUAAUCAAGGUGCUCAGGUCGCAGAUGGAAAUAGAGCAGCUACCAGUCAGAAUGUGAAUCAGAACGUGAUGACUAACAUUGGCCUUCCUGAUGGUGGAGUCCCACCUCAAGUGCCACAACCACCGCAGUUUUCGCAGCAACCUAAUGUUCCUUUUGAGUCAAUUGGGCUACCUGAUGGCGGAGUGCCGCCACAGCAGGCCGCUGUUUCUUCACAGCCUGUUUCUGUUUCUUCCCGGAUUCCGAUCUCUUCGCAGCCAAUCGAUCUCAGUUCUCUUGAAACUCCAGGGGCAAAUGCUGCGAAACCUCCUCAACAGCCUACUCAACCAACUGCUGUUCGCCCUGGCCAGGUACCUCGCGGUGCUUCUGCUUCAGUGUGUUUCAAGACAAGCCUUGCUCAUCUCGAGCAGAACCAACUUCCUGAUGCAUUAUCUUGUUUGGAUGAGGCGUUCUUGGCUCUUGCUAAAGAUCAAUCUCGUGGAGAUGAUAUCAAAGCCCAAGCCACUAUUUGUGCUCAAUACAAGAUUGCUGUUGCAUUACUUCAGGAAAUCGCUCGUCUCCAAAAGGUUCAAGGUGCGGCCGCCCUGAGCGCCAAGGACGAGAUGGCUAGGCUCUCUCGCCACCUCGCCUCUUUGCCGCUCCAAGCAAAGCACCGCAUUAACUGUAUACGCACCGCCAUCAAGCGGAACAUGGAGGUGCAGAACUACGCGUACGCGAAGCAGAUGCUCGACCUGCUCUUCUCUAAGGCGCCGCCAAACAAGCAGGACGAGCUUAGAAGUUUGAUAGACAUGUGCACCCAAAGGGGGCUAUCAAACAAAUCAAUCGAUCCAUUCGAAGACCCCUCGCAAUUCUGCGCUGCCACUCUCAGCCGCCUGUCGACAAUCGGGCAUGAUGUUUGUGAUCUAUGUGGGGCGAAGUUCUCCGCACUCUCCACUCCGGGGUGCAUUAUCUGUGGUAUGGGGAGCAUUAAGAGGUCGGACUCUGCUGCGGGAGCUCCGGUGCCAUCGCCAUUUGGGUGAAGAUUGGAUGUUAGAUGAGUUUAUUCGCUUUCUGAUGUUUGUAUCUUAUGUUGUGCGUAAGUUUGUUUGUUGGUUAUUGUAGUUGUGGUUUUCGAUCAGUGGAGAUGUGUUAUUAGUUUGUAAAUUUUUUACAAGAAGAAUCCCGUUCAUACGAGUUAUUUCGAUUCAUUUGAAUUUUCAUAUAGUUUUCGACAUCAUGAACCCUUCGGCCGACGAGAAUAUUUUGAGAGCUCCAAUUGUAUUCAUUAUGUUCUUAGAAUUUUUUGGACCCUUGUGCAAAAUUUGUUUUUAUCUUUAGCUUA